AACGUGAGACCGAUGGUCCUCCCAGAUCGUCAGAUUUUUUUCAUUUUUAUUUUUGCUUGCUUUGCUCUGACCUGACGUAGUACUCUAUUACAUUUAGUCAGUACAGUACUAUACUAGUAAAUCGUUGCGUGCGUGGAACCAACAGCCGCCGGGUAGCCGGAAUUCGUGAGACUUUUCCCCGAUAAAUCCCCAUAAAUCCAGCCUUGCAGUGGGCAAUCAGCAGGUGCGCAGGAUUGAAAUUGUGGCAACAGAGAGGAGAACAGGAAGAGGAGGAGGGGAGAUGACGAUGCUGCAGCGGUGGUCGUCGUCGGUGUGGAGCAUCAGCGGGAGCGGGCGGGUGCUGUGGGCGGACAAGGCGUGGCGGGCUCACGCCGCCAUGGCCUUCACGCAGCUCGCCUACGGCGGCUACCACGUCCUCACCAAGUCCGUCCUCAACGUCGGCAUGAACCAGAUCGUCUUCUGCGUCUACCGCGACCUCGUCGCGCUCGCCCUCCUCGCACCCGUCGCCUUCUUCCGCGAGAGGAGGGUGCGGCGCCCGGUGACCCCUCAGCUCCUCGCAUCCUUCGCUCUUCUGGGCGUCACUGGGAUCUUCGGGAACCAACUACUGUUUCUGCUCGGCCUCAGCUUCACCAACGCCUCCUACGCUGCCGCUUUCCAGCCCGCGAUACCCGUCUUCACAUUUCUCUUGGCUGCAAUUGUUGGUGUUGAAAUGAUCAACAUCUUCACAAAGGACGGGAUAGUCAAGGUUAUUGGCACAGCUGUGUGCGUCUUCGGUGCCAUUCUGAUGGUUUUCUACCGAGGCCCGUCAUUGAUUGGUCUUGCAGGCACCAAUGCCGUGAGUGGCAAUGUGCUGGCCGGCACAUCAUGGAGUAACACUCCCUAUCCUGCUCAGUGGCUGACAUCAACCAUGCUCCAAUUUGGUUUAGAAACCUGGCACAUUGGUGUUCUAUGCCUUAUAGGCAAUUGUUUCCUAAUGGGGGCUUAUCUUGUCAUACAGGCACCGGUGCUGAUAAAAUAUCCUGCGAGCUUAUCCUUGACAGCUUACUCUUAUUCAUUUGGCACGAUCUGUAUGGUGUUGACCGGGGUAUUUGCAUCCAAUGGGCUCCACGAGUGGGCACUGACAAGAACUGAGAUAAUAGCUAUUCUAUAUGCUGGAAUUGUUGCAUCGUGUCUGAACUACGCAAUCAUGACUUGGGCAAACAAAAUACUUGGACCUUCUCUGGUUGCGCUCUACAAUCCGCUCCAACCGGCAUGUUCUACCAUCCUCUCAACUAUUUUCCUUGGCACCCCAAUUUAUCUUGGAAGCAUCAUUGGUGGAGUCUUCAUCAUUGCUGGUCUGUACCUGGUUACCUGGGCUCGUUACAACGAAGCGCAGAGAGUACUUAUGGUUGGUUACUUGAACCCUCUUCUAGUGGAGGAUGCAUCAGCUCGGAAGACACAGGAAUGUUCCUCCAGUGACUCCAUUGGUCCCUAGGCCAAGAGGAGAGCCGUCUCCGUUCGCUUCAGAACAGCAGCAGCAGAAUUACAUCGCAUAUUAGUAUUGGAGAUUCUUCAUAGAAAGUGUGCAGUUACGAUUUGUAUCAUUGGAUUAAGUUUGAUCGUCAGGACGAUGUGGAGAUCCCAAACCCAGAUACCCCGAGAACACAAGGUGGAACAUAAGCAAGCGGCAGUCAAGUGAUCGUUUCACUCCAUCAGUUGUCUUCACAGGUCCAGGAUAACAGCAGGAGGAACAACUUCAGCGAUGAAAGCAGUUUCUUCUUUUAGGCCUGGUAACUGACGCUGCCAAUACGUGGAGCUACUUCUGUACCAACAAGACAACUGUUCUUCUGUAAAGAUCAUCAAAACAUACUCCAGAUUUGGUGAUCCAGAACAAUAGGUUUUUGGAGUAUUUGUACAGUGAUUUUGUUGUGUCUAUCUUCUGAUCGUUUCUGUUACUUUGGUGUCCCCAGUGUUUGUUAAAUAAUCUUAAUUUUUGGACGCUGGGUAAAAAUCUACAAGGACAACGAUCACGUGUAAAUUAGAGUUAAAUACAACUCCAGGCUUCCUGUUGUACAAGCGCAUAUGUUUUGCAUGAA